CAACCCCACGUCUAUCACCAUGGGAGGACUCAGCCCUCAAAUAACCAACCUGGUCGUCAUCCUUGGGAUGAUGCAGGUCUCCAAGAGAAUCCCGCUUGAGGACCCGCAGAUCCUGAUGUACGUUCGUUUGGGCUAUAUUGUCUCGAACGUGAUUAUUGCCGCCAUCUACGCCUACGUGAAUUACCAGAUCAAUAAGAAAAAGGACAUGACGACCCUUAAAUACGUCCAACCGCCCCAGCUGGGAUCCUCGGAAGAACCCAAGCUCAUCACAACCACCAUCCACAAGUACGAUCUCGAACAAGUCAAGGCUCUCUUCAAGGCGCAGAUGAUGGGUGUAGGAAUGAUGGCCGUCAUGCACUUGUACUUCAAGUACACCAACCCUCUCUUGAUCCAGUCUAUCAUCCCGCUCAAGGGUGCGCUCGAGAGCAACGAGAUCAAGAUCCACCUUUUUGGCCUGCCAGCGACUGGUGACUUGAAGCGGCCAUUCAAGGCGCCUGCAGGAUUGAUGAGCAAUCUCGGAGGAGCCGCUGCAUCACCAAUACAGGACAAGAGGAGCAUUGAGAUGGCCGAGAAGGCCGGUCGCGGCGGCGCCAAGGAAGAAUAGACAGCUGCUUGAGAGAACGUGUGCAGGU